AUGAGGUACGUCAGGCAAGGAAUGAUCCAGGAGAAAGGGAGUGAGAGAGAAAGUCUCAUCGUACGGCCACAGGGUCGAGUGGUUAAGGACGGUGCCCAGGUGGGUGCGGGGCGCGGGGGGCCCAUCGCUAUCAAACGGCGACGCGAUGGUUCAGGAAACCGGCAGCGUCAGAACCCCCCCGUCGGGCGCGUGUUUCCUCCAAAGCCUCGAACGAGUCCCCAAGAAGCCGUGACAUCGUUAACCCCUGGUCGAACCAUGAGCAAAUCCCAGAUCCGUCCAAGCUUCAUCAUCUUUUGUCCAUCCAUCCAUUCAUCCAUCACCCACGUCCGCCGCCCCCCCCCUUCCCUGUCGCCCUGCCUCAAUCUCAAUUAUCAAAAACCUUUUUUCUUCCCUUCCUCUUACUUCCCUCCGCUCUCCGCCUUCCGGUCCCUCCUCCUCUCCUCAUUCGCUUCUCCAGGGACACUCUACACACCCAUCUUCUUCUUCCCUUCCAUUCGUUACCCAUCGUGUGGUGGCACAAGUGUUUCUUCUUCAUCUGAAGGGGGGUCCACGUCCUUCCGCGCCGCUGCAUCAAGCCCGUUUGUUUGCCCGUUUCUCGGAUCCCUCAAAAUUUACCCCCUUGCUACGGCCAGCAUAUCAGUCUUUCGCUUCCGAUUUGCACCACCCUAUUCUCUCGACUCAGGCCGGCGCGCUAAACCUACGCGACGCAAAUCGAUAACGCCCAACGAACGUCACCACCGACGGCAACUUCCUCCUCUCAAGGCCUGUCAUGUACUCGGUGUCAGUUCCGACAUGACCCAGGUCCGACUCGUAGCACUCGCCCGUCAGCCGAUAGAAUACCGCGAUGGAAUCUCUACGCCCUGCCUAUCCGGCUCCUCGCCGCGUCGCAACUGCCCCGAUACCAGCACACAUGUCACGCCCGGCACCGUCCACAUCGGCCGAGGCCGAGCUCGGAGUCCAGGUCGCGGCCCUUCAGAUGAGCCCGGCUCUUUGUCUGCCCACUCGCAGCUUGAGAGGACGAUUGCCAUUGGGCCGUUCCGAAUAUACCGUACAGGAUCCGUCGCCUUCUUGAACUGCGGCUCUGCUCUGCAGCCAAUGUUACCCAAAAGCCAAUGCUGGGCCCUCGCCGAAGACUCGAGCAAAUUCGUCCUACAAAUUCGCCGACCCAAUUACUGGAGGAUUGAGAUUCCCGUCACCAACGCCGAUGAACAGGAACUGGCUGCGGCACUGAAGGGUGUCUGGGAUCAAAUAUUGCAAUUCGAGAAGACGGAAUGCCCUUUCAAACGGUCCUUCACGGUCAUCCUCCCCGAGAAACCAAAGACACCCGUGAAAAAGCGACCAUGGACACCCCCGGUUAAACGAGCCCUACCCGUCCUUUCGACCCCAGCUCACGAAGUCGAGGUAUCACCGACGCCCAAAGCUUUGACGCCAAAUACUGGCAGGAGAGCUUCGACAUCUUCCCUCCGCGGCCGAAGCGAGCAACGCCGGCUCUCCACUAUCAGCAAUGACUUUCACUCAAGCUCAAGAUCCCGUGAUCCGAGUGCCGAGAUAUCGAAAGCGGCAGAGCCCACGGAUGCCGCGCUGACUCCCACGGCCGAGAGACCAGCCGUUGCGACAGAAUUGAAGAUUCCGAAGCGCGGAGCGGAGGUAACCCGCAAUAUCGCUAGCAACAAUAUGGCUCAAGAGGUGACCGAUGAGGAAGGUCCUACGUGUGACGUGGUCAAGAUGGAAAAGACGGAGCCAAAGGGGAGUCACGAAGAAGCCACAUUCGAGAACUCAAUCGCCGAGGAAGAGGAGCCCGAAGAUGAGGUUUGCCGAAAAGAUCUGACGGUUCCCGCCGAGGAGCCAUCAGCAAAGUCACCAAGAGUUCAAGUUACGAAUGCUGACAUUGGCGGCAUUGAUGCACAAAGCAACGCUGGCGAAGAGGUGACUGCCGCUGCGGUCUCACCAGCAUUGCAUGCCGCACCGCUACAAGCACCUGUGACAGUACCUUCGACGGAGAUGGUCGAUCGCGAAGAGGACACCCAGGGCCCUGAGGUUCCCCAAGUUUCCAUCAAAGUCGACGACUCAUUGACCCAGCCAAAGGAAAGCAAGACAGACACCCAGGGGGAGACUCUGGUGACUGUUGAGCGGCCAGUGGCUGGUCAUAGGCUGCCAAACGACAUCAAGGAACAGCUCGUCACUGUGGAGGCAUUGCCCAAAACACCUCUGUCGGCUGAGGCAAGCACACCGACGCCCACUAACAUUUAUGACGUGAUCCGGAACUACGAGAUCAAGAUGGCCGCUGCGGUUCCCGAGUCUACGCCGGCCACUAAACCUGUCGCUGAGCCCGAGGCUGUUUGCGAGAAGUCAGCGAUAGAGACGAGGAAUACCAGCGGGAAUGGGUCAAGCAGCGAAUCACAGUCCGCGACAGACGAAGAGACAGUUCUCGAAGGCAGUGGGGUUGUGGGUAGCAGAAGAAAGAAGCUUCGCGGAUUCAGAGCCGGCAGGGCUCUGGUUCCCCCACAAUCGACCCUUGUUACCUCGCCACCGUCAAAGUCGGCCAUGAGAUCGACUCCGAUUCUGGAUGAAGCAACUUCACCAACUGGAUCUACAGAUUCGUUCCACAGCUCAAAGUCAUGGCACUCGCCCGCUCAGUCGCCAAUUACGCCUGUCCCAAGAUCUCCUGCCUCAGACGUGUCCCCAACGAGGUUCCCAUACCCCCACGACAAUAUUCUUAUUCCUAAGAAGCCUUGGCACUACCGCGACAUUUCCGAUCUGACUGUGACACCGGAGACUCGGCGAACUUGGGAUGCGACUUCGUCUCUGACCGACGACAGCUCGUUGGAGAGCGCUGCUACUGCGCCAGACAUGGUGUCUGAGGUGGUUGAGCAGCCUGACAAGGUUGCUCUUUCCGAGGACGAAGCAGCAACUACAGCUGUCGUGCGUCGCCCGUACAUUCGACACAGAUCAACCACCAGCAGCAUCUCCGUCGGCCGCAGAGCGCUCUCCCCUCUGCCGACGGCGGCCAACCUUUUUGCGCCCACGAGUACCCAGGCCAGGUACCACCCCCUGAGAAGCCGCCUGGAACUCGUCCGCAGACUUCCCAUGGCCAUCGUAUCCAAGACCUGCGAGGUUCUUCUGGGUCCGCCGAGUCAUCUCAUUGCGCUGAUGCUCCAGGUGGCUGCUAAGAUCGCCGCCGGGCAGUGGCGCGGUAUGAUGUUCGGGUUCGGCGAGGGCGGCGAGACGAUCCCCGUGCAGUGGGACUACUCUGACGACGAGUACGAUAGCUGGGGCGAGAACGACGAUUAUUAUCUCAGCCAAGUCGAGUCAUCGCGUGCGAAUAGCGUGAUUGGCACCGACGACGGCGAGAAUGACGAGGCCACCGACAACGCGAACGGAACGGGAGGCAUCAGUCUGAUGGAAACCUUUUUGGGCGUUUUCUUUUUGGAGAGAGUAAAGGAAGCAAGCUACACGAAACGGGUCUCGGAUCCUGGAGAGGUUUCCGCGCGUGCAGAUAUCCCGGCAAUGUGUGGCAUCACACCCAUGUUGGUCCAGUACGCUGGCCCUGCCAGGUACUAUUCGGGGAUGAAUUCAUUUCACGAUUUCAAGAGCUUGUUACAGUGCCCUGCGUGCAUUGCUCAUCAGUGUAAGCAGCCACACUUGGUCCUCGGAACGUUAACCUAUGAGAAGAAUGGACUCGAGAGGCUUAGGCAGUCUCGUGGGGUCAUCUUUGCAGAGCAAUGCUGCAGCGCUCAUAGAAUACCCAACGAGCCGGUUACUCACCGUCGAGCCGACAGCGUUGGGUACAUCUUCCGGAUUAUCGACCAGACUGCUGGGCUGUGUCUUGAGCUGAUCCAGGCACCUCGAAUCUUUGGAGAUUUGAAAAACGCCCCCCACCAUUGUCGAAGAAUCAAGAACGAGACUGCGACACUGUUGAAGCUUAGCUCUUUCGUGGGGUGUUCGAGGUGUUGUCAGUCGGGUCAUCUUUCUGCGCGCGUCGUAUUUGAGGGAUGGAUGCGAUUGGUUGAUGGCGACGCCUCUGCGUAUUUUUCUGCUGACGGACGAAACGGUCUGUUUGUACAAUGCUAUGAAAAGUCCCAACUCCUCGGAAUUUACUUACAACUGGUUCUCUAUCAACUGAAGAACGAGAAACUCCUAGAAAUUGGUCAGGCUUGGGGAACAGUGGAACAAACAUGGAGGACGGCACGUAUGGUAAGAAUGAACAACCGCCCCUGGCAGGCCCCCUUUUACUUACAAGAAAUCCAAAAAGUCGACGGGAGCUACUACUUCUACGCCCCAAACAAAGCAGCACCCAUCUUCUUCGCCGUAUCGUUUGCCGCCUCUGGUACACUGCACUUUUGGCAGAGCUAUCACUACAGGUUCUUCAAAGUCACCGCCCUGUUCUCCUUCUGCUGCCUCCUCUUCGCAGCCGGCUUCGCCGUCCGCACCUACGGCGCGUGGCACUACGACGACCUCGACAUCUUCAUCGCGAGCGUGUGCCUCAUCUACGCAGCUCCCAAAAAGAAGAACGAAAAGAGGAACCCUCAACUCACCCCCCUUCUCCCAAGACCCCUCCUCGAACUAGCAAACUACAACAUCCUAGGCCGCAUCCUCUACUACGCCCCCUACGCCUCCCCCCUCCACCCAGGCCGCGUCCUCACAACCUUCGCCUUCUUCUCCAGCAUCGUCGAAGCCCUGAACGGGUGGGGCGCGUCCUACUCCGCAAACCAAUCCCUCACCCAGCGCGAGCUGGAAACAGGCCACGCCCUCAUCAAGACAAGCCUGCUCCUCCAAAUCUUCGUCCUCGCCUCCUUCACAGCCCUCGCCGUCGUCUUCCACCGGCGGUGCGUCGCCGCCGGCGUAGCGUCCGCACGCGGCGUAAAGGGCCCGAUGGCGACGCUCUACGCCAGCGUCGUGCUCGUCUCCGCGAGGACGUUGUUCCGCGUCGUAGAAUACUUCAGCCUCGCUCGGGUCCGGUUCGACGCGCAGACGAAGGAGGGCGAUGUGCCCCCCGCGAUACGCUACGAGUGGUUCUUUUACGUCUUCGAGGCGAGCCUGAUGCUGGCCAACGUCUGCAUGUUUAAUGUCAGGCAUCCGAGGCGGUAUUUGCCGGAGCGGUAUACGGUGUACCUUGCCCCGGACGGGGUCACCGAGGUGGAAGGGCCGGGUUGGAAGGAUCCGAGGGCGUUUUGGGUGACUGUCGUUGAUCCGUUUGAUGUGAGGGGGCUGGUGAAGGGGAGGGAUCGCGGGAUGGAGAGUGUGGUGAGCGAGGUUCGCCGUGAUUGUUUGGUGUUGUACUGGGCGUGUAUUUUCCUGUUUCCAUUUCUUGCUUUCCGCUUGUUCAGUGUGAUCAAGCCUGUAAUUGUGUCUGGCAUGGCAUUUAAGAAAGCAGAAUCGAAAAUGAGAAUGUUUCACCUUAGUGUAGAAGCAUUCUCGACGAUACAGAUCAAGCUUUUUGUUCAUACACCCAAAGACCGUUUCGUGGGUAACGCCCCAUGGCAAGUAAUGGAUCGGGCCCAACAAUAUAACCAUUUCAUCUUACACGCGUUAGUUGGUGCAAGCGCCUUGAACAGGCGGGUAGAAAGCAUCAUAUCAACAAACACAAGUCUUCAUACAAACAAAAUCCAUGGGCAUCUCUCACCCGUCUCUCACCUGCCUCAAUCACCCACCACCCAUGGUAUCAAGCGGGUUCAUCCCGACAAGUACUUCAUAGGUAGAAGGGAAGGUGUGAAAGAAUAUAGACAAAAGACGAGGAAGGCUUUCAACCAUUCCGGCCUUUCAUAA